AUGAUUGUGCAGCAGACCGUACCACUCAAGCUUCGAGUGGAAAACAAAUAUUUUUCUAGUCCUAAACCAAUGGAACUAAACCAAAAACUACGACGUUUAAACGCAGUGAAAAUAGUGAAGUUGGUAGUGCCAGAGAUAAUCCAGUAUGGUGUCCAGGACUCCGUGAUAUUAGACUGUGAUUACACGUACGGUAACAACACAUCAGGGUUAAUGGUGAAAUGGUUCUUCAAAAACAAAGCGCGACCUGUGUAUCAGUGGAUAGUGCCGAAAAAACCCCAGGAUAUGGGUAUCCUGAGGGGUCGUGUGGACUUGAACUAUAGGGCAUCUAGUGACCCCCUGAAGAUGUACAGGGCGUUAAGGAUUGUGAAGCCAGAUACAGAAAUAUCUGGGGACUAUACCUGUGUGGUGUCCACGUUUAUGGAUGAGGACUCCAAAACGAAACAGAUGACUGUUUUUGUGCCAGAACAGAACUUCCGGCUGAUACAGAACAAGACGGACGACGACACCGUCAACGUCAUCUGCGCGGCGGACGGCGCGUUUCCGGCGCCCAACCUCACGCUCGCCACGCCGGAGAGGCGGCUGGAAGGCGUCUCCCACAGUCAGAAGCUGGUCAACGGCAGGUACUCAGCAGUGGCCAUGAUCACGCUGAGAGACGCCGACCUGCCCUCCCCAGCAGAGUUCAUCUGUAUGCUGAGGAUACCGCAGGCCAACUACGUAGUGAGGAAAGAGGCUAUCUAUUAUCCGGGCCCUAUUAGCACAACACCAGAGAUGCCGACGGCAGCGGACAUGCAACUAGCAGCGGCUGUUGGAAGGUCUAAAGGUGCAAUUUUUUAUAAAGCCAUCACGACGCUGCUGCUGCCAUUUGUGAUGCUCGUGGUGAUAUCGUAAAUAGACAAAGUGGUACAGAAAUGGCUAAGAGUUCGAACUUAUAAAGUUUCAAGUGAGGCUUCAACCUCUAGUCAAACCCAAAGUGAAAACGCGUGGUCUCCCGCAAGGGACAAUUUUAGGCACACAAUCUAAUGUCCUGCAAACCAAAUAGCUUCAAUGUGUAUUCUUUAAACAUUACCAAAUUCUAUGAACUUUAAGUCGUAGCUAUCGAAUUGUACAGAUAUGUAUGAAUUUCAUAUAAAAAUAUUUUUCUUAAAUUAUAAAAACCAAUAGUUAAUGGUUUGUAAAUAAUGGCAUUUUUAAAAACGUUGUAAAUAUUAUAAAUUGGUGGAAGUAGAUAGUUAUGCUGAAUGGCCUAAUAGUGUUGGACGUUGUUUUAACUAUAAUACAAUUAAUUAAUAAUAAAUUAGUGUAUUGUUUAAUGCAAAAUACCGAAAAAACGUUACUUUGUUAAGACUUAUUUAUUUAUUCUUUUUUUAGAAGGCAUAAUAUUUCUAAUAUAUUUUUAUGUAAUAACUGUCUAUGUAGGUAUAGUAGUUCGUAUACUUUAAUGAUAAGUUCAUUUAUUUUGUUGAACAUUAACUUUUUAUGUAACUUAUUUAUUAUUUAAUUCUAGAUAAAACACGUCCAAAGAUAGGUUAUGAAACACGUAUAAUAAAUAGCUUCGUUGCUUUUUUCAGAAGUUAUCAGUUAUUGAUCUUUUUUUCUGGGGGGUUUGUCACAGCAGUAAUUUAAACAUCGUUAGAUUUAUUUUGUCAGUCUUGAACAUCUACAGGCUUUUCUUUGAUAAUGUAGCGAAGCGAUCGCGAUUUAAAAACUAAUGUUACAUUGUCUACGGUCAUUUACAAUAUUAUUCAUUUACAAUGAGUAUAUUUUAUGGGAAAUUUUAAAAUGAAAAUACUAUGACAUACCCACCUUCAGAUCAGAGAUCAAUGACACAACCAAAAUUUUAAAAUCACUGUUGACUAUUUAUUUGUAGUUAUGUGUGUGGAAAAUAAAAUUUUCAUUAACACUUUAUAUCGUAGCUCCCAGAUUUAAAAUAAAUAUGGGUCUAUCACACGACACUUGAAAUAAUUAAAUAAAUAUUUAUUUUAAUUCGUAUUCAUCCAAAAUUGCAUAAACAAAAAAGUUUAUUCAUAAUUAUUUUUAAAUCUGGGUGUUGUUAUUCAAAAAUGUCCCUUAUUAUGUUAGUAAAAUACACUUACGAAAUACGUAUAAACUGUACAAAUUUUACGAUGUUGUUUUAUUAUUUUGAAGGGGAGAUCCCCUCCCAAACAGGGUAUCGUGUUUAUUUAAAUUAUCAUUUUUAAUAAUGUCACAGUUCGAUAUUGACUUUGGACAAUAUUCUAUAAAUUAUUUAUGCCCUUAUUCGUAAACUUAUUUUAAAUCAUAACUAAAUUAUUAUUGUGAUUGUAUUUAUUUUGUCCUUAAAUUAAAAUUGUGUCACCGCAUUACUUAUUUUGAAUAAGCAUUAAAUGUUUAUUAGAAAAUUAACUAAACUAUUAAGUAGAAAAAGAAAAUUUGUUCAUGAAUAAGGGCGGAUGUAAAUAAAUGUAAGAAAUUUGUAUGACCCUUAGUGUAAGUUUUUAUUUGUGUAAUAAAUAUUACAUUUGCUGUGCAUACUGCCGUUUAUGGAUAAGAUCCAGUCAAGACUUUUAUUGUGAGAUUUCUUAAAUUAAAUAAAAAGGAUCGUUGUGUAAA